AUGGGAUUUAUCCACGGCGCCUGCGAUUACACGGAUGCUCAACUCAUUGGCCUGUUGGGCAACACUCUGGCGAUGGCUUCGCAGGUCCCAUUGGGAGGCCCAACUGCUGGAUAUUUACCCGGGCAUGUUAGCAGAUGGCAAGGGCUGAGAGGCAGCGGCAGAGAAGGAACCCAAGUUGCCCAGCAGGAGUUGGCCAUCCAGCUGCUGAGGGACCGACAGCACAACAUUGAGGCAGUGGUGUCCGUCUACUCCAGCCACUUCUCCAACCUCAACGCCAAACUGACCCACGUCCAGAGCGCCAUCAGCAACAUCUCCGACACCACCUUCACCAACCGGAAGGGGAUCGGAGGCCUGAGAGGCUGCGCCAAGGGACGGCGGGUCAACGCCAAGUGCUUCCUGGGGGUCAAGGCCUUCGAGACGUUCGACGAGGGGGCCCGGCUGUGCGGGGAAGGGGGUGGUCGCUUGGCCAGCCCCCGGGGUGCCUUGGAGAUGGAGGCCCUGGCUGCCUACACCAAGUCCUUCUUCGGUCCCGGCAACUGGCCGGCCUGGAUCGGGGUGACCGACCGGCUGAACGAGGGGGCCUACGUCUACCAGGACGGCACCCGGUCCGCCCUCUCCGACCACUGGUUCCGGGACCCCCAGCUGGGGCAACCCAACGGCGGGAGGCAAGAGAACUGCGUGGCCCUCUCCACCGACGACGGCAAGUGGUGGGACAAGGACUGCAUGCGGAGGAUGUACUACAUCUGCGAGUAUGACUACUGACCGCCGGGUGGGC